AAUCAAUCAUACUUAUCCUGGUCACAAACGUGCCCUAUCAGAGACCUGUCUGCGACAAGCCGACAAGAGAACCUACCAAAAACGGGUAGCGUGGAAGGGCCGCCACUGCAGGUGCAUGGCACGCUUGACAUCAAGAUCAGAAAGACCCUGAUCUACUUAUCAUGAAUCAUUCAAUGCACUGUGCACAGAUAGAUUAUCCGGGCGCAUUUGCCCCAAUUCCACCCACGCGAUAUAAGGAAUUCAGCCAAGCACAAGUCACCGUCUCAACCCUUGCUGAGGUCCUCGCAGCAAGAACGUCCCAGCGAUAUCGAGGAAAGAACGUCAGGCGGCAUCUACGAUCAGCCCUCUAGGCCAUAGCACUACCUCCGCCGACGAGACACCCACAUCGCGGGAAACUCUAUCACGGCGAGGCAAUGUGUCACCGGCGCCUGUACUUCACAAAGUUCCUGGAAUGCACCCACUCCAUCUUCUCCAGCGAGAUGGCAGUGGAUUGUUAUUCCCGUUUUUGUCGGUUGUCGAGUGCCCACCCGGCCAAUUGUGGACAGUGCACCUGUAGGAGAUAUUAUGGUCAACCCGAAAGAUUGACGAGUCGAGAGGCGCGCCUGACUUCUUCUUUCAUGGAGUUGUCAUGACUGACGUGCUCGCAACUCGUGCAGGUGGGAGGAAGGUGCGGCGCGGAUUGCCAAGGACCAUCAUCUUCAUAAAAAAGGCCAUCUCCGCGCGUGGUGUUGGUUUUAUGGACAUAUCUUGUAUGAUCGGAGGGAGGGAAUGGAAGGCGGUGGUGGCUGAAAGCAAGCUAGAAGUGACAUGCUGUCAUGGCACGUGAGAUCAGCGACUUUCUUUCCCUGCAACAACUGCCGCGGUAUCUUGCGGGGUCAUAGCGCAUAAUCAUCCUCUCCCGCUUCCUCUCCUACGCUGUCAAUCCCUGCUUUAUCCCAUGUUAUGGCACCAGUCUCUCGACUGUUCUCUCAUACAAGGACGAUAAGCACAGCCCUGCGCCACCCACUCCAAUUCCAUGUCGCAGCGGAUUGGGCUGGCAAACCAGCCGACUGGAACCGCGGGCCAAAAACACCCAAGCUCCGCACCUUUUUCCGCCCUGAUAAUCCCAUUGCUGUCUGGCGAGAGCAAACGCUAGAGAGAACGGCUUUGCACAAGCCGCUUCGAAGCGCGGGAGAAGAUUUUUUCUUCUAU